UUUCAGUAAAUUUAGUUUGACGACGACAACAGUACUCGAGCCACCAUGAAAUGAAUAUCGGGGAAAAUAUUUCGUUUCUGUAGGCGAAUAUUCGUGUGUAGUUUUUCCCUAUCUGUGAUUUUAUUAACGUGUUCGAGAUCAUUCCAACUUCGUAAUUUUAUACGUAUAUUAUUUGUGAAAUCGGUACGUCAAAAUUUAAAAAAAAAAAAGAGUGCUUUAUACAGUGGAGUUUUGUGGUUUUUUUUCUCGUUUCAAUUAUAAUGAUAGACCAUAAUGGCCGGAGAUGUUUGCCGGAAAAGCGAAUCAGAGAUCAUCAAACGUUCGAGUCAUGCAAAUCUUCCACGAAUUAAAAGCGCAAUUCCCCAUCAUUCCCGAUCACAUAAUUACCUCUUGCAUCGCUUCUUAUGUAAUCAGCGAAGAGUCUUCACUGUCCUCUAGGAAUCUUCACGACCUAGUGUUGGCCGCCGUAGCCAAAGACCAAAACUGUCCGAUGGGACGUCCAUCUUUACAGCUAGAAGCACCCCCCUCCAUCCCAAUAACCCCUGUAUCCGAAACGGCUGUGCUUACCGAGUCCAAGAACCAUCGGCUCGAACCACCUACACGAAUUGACGCGAUGAACGAAAGUGCCUUAGUGAACUCCACCAAUUUAAAAAGUGAUAACAACAACACCAGUAACUUACAACCGAAAAGACCGAACUCUUUAAAUUUACGUCCGGACGAGCGACGAUUGCAACUAUCGGAAAAGUGUCGUGACGUUUUCAAACUGUUAAACUCCCAAGUGACCUCAGAAAAACCGCCUAGAUCCCCUCUAAGUGCCAAACGGUUCGCCGCCAAACAAGUUCCCAAAAACGAAUCGCCUAAAAAGGAAACCGUCUCCACUCCAACCCAAACGACUGACACCCUAGUAAAUAACAUCACCAGUCCGGCCAGCCUAAAUCUAUCAUUAAACGUUAAUUGUCAAAUGGGACUGGUGCAGAGCCCUACCAAACCCCGAUGUACCGCCAGAGUUGACGUAACCCCAACCCAACCGUGGCUCAGUCCAGUUUCCUCCAGCAGUUCGGGGAAUUCCCCGCGAAGUUUCACCAGUGUUAACUUGACUUUGCGACCGCCCACCUCCACCCCGCAAGACCCUAUUGAUAUAACCUCACAAAAUUCUAGUCUGACUUACUCGACGAGCAGUUUCGAUAAGGAAAAGGGUCUACAGAGUAGACUUCAAAUCACAGUGGGACCGGGUAAUUCGGGUAGUGUCAGUUCGGUGCGGGCGAGACCGAGAAGUUUCCAUUUGGGGGAUAGUGGUGCAGUAGAAAGUGAGAUGGUGUCUGAAAAGAAGGCCAGUUCGAUGGGUGAUCUUGCAGUUGUGAAAUCGGAAGUUAGUACUCCUGUCCUCCUAAAACAACAAGCUCGGAUAGAGAAUAUGAGGAUAGAAUUGAGGACUGGCAAUACUAGGCUGGUGGUCCUGAGACAGGAGGUCGAAGAACUUGAGAGAAAGAGACUACAAAAGAUCGCAACACGAAAGACAGAAGAAGAAAUCGAGAAACAGUUGCGAAUGGAAAUCAAACACCUCAACUCCCAGUGUAAACUUCUAGAAGGCCCAGGGGAGUUUUAUAACAACAUAUACACCGGGCCGCCCCUUUGGCCCGAACACCGACCCCACCGGGUGGCACCAGCACCGCCCCCGGCCGCCUCCCACCAACUUCCGUCGAUGAUGCGUCGCUCGGGGAUUCCCGAACGUGGCGUGCCGUUCCGGAGACCGUGGAACUGUUCGAAAUGCACAUUCCUUAACCAUCCGGCUCUGGACAAAUGUGAACAGUGCGAAAUGCCGCAAAUCUUCCACGGUACGGGUGCGAAUACGAUUGACGGAGUGUUACCUAACCCGACUAAUAUCGACGUCUCCUUUGACAUUUUUAAGAAGUCCGCUAACGUGUUGAAGAAGAGCGUGAGUGCUGAUCCUCAAAGUAUGCGCGUUUUUAGGGACGGCGGAUCAGCGCUCAGUCCCUCUGAAAUGCUUAGGAGGCUUAAGCUUGAUAUUAACCAUAAUAAUAAUAAUGAAACUGAUAAAGGUCAAAUUCCUCUGGUUUCUAGUUCGUCGGCGCCGAAUGUUUUACAGUUUUCUGUUAAUGAUCAGAGUGGGGUUUAGAAGUGAGAGGGUUUAAUAAAAGUGAUCUCGGUAUUAUUAUUAGGCUGCGAGAAUAGGUUGGAAUUGACUUUAGCAGUUUAGCUUUUUUUUAGGCUACAAUAGCUUCACCUUAAGUAAGUUUAGGCUCAAUUUUUAAGUUACGGUCGUUUUGUCAGAUAAUCUUUGUAUUAAUUAAAAAGGAAAUAUGGCGCGUCCAAAAAACUAUUUUAUCACGAAAAAAAAAAUUAAAUGGCUUGCGAGGCACCAUACUAUUAGACGUCAAGAUGAUACAAAGGAGUUUGAACAUUGAACGAAUGUUCACAUCAAACUAAAAAGUAUUCUUGGAAUGUAAGGAAUGAUCUAUUUAUUGUACGAAGAAUAUUCCUAAAUACUAAAUGUCAAUUGCCUCCUGUUCUACCACUGGCAGGUUUCUAGGUUAAGAUUUGGUUUAGAAUCGGAGAUCGUUUUAAUGAGGACGUUUUUACUCAUCCUCAGAAAGUUCUCUAUAUUGUGAUGUAAACCUCAAGAAAAUGUUUCAAGUGUUUCCUAUAUGCGAUGCUACAAUAUACAUUUCAACAUUUCUUGGACUUUGUUGACAAAAUUGCGAGAAACUAUAAAAGUUUUUGAGGUAGAAGGAACGCGUUUAUGUAAAAUUGAUGCAGUAACUUUGACUGAAACUCUUGAAAAAAUAAUAAAUAUUUUUACGAAAAUUGUGAGGAUUUGCACCAAAAAAACUCUGAAGUUGUCAAAAUAAGAGUUUGUGAAUAAGUACGACCAAGUUUUUACCCUCAGGAAUCACUCUCUAUUUUAAUGUAAAAAUUUAAGAACAUAUUUAAAGUGAUUCCUAAAUUAUGCGGUAAAAUGUCGAUGUUAGAUAAAACGUAGCAACAUUUUGUAGCUCUUGGACCUUGUUGACAAAAUUGCCUGUAACUCUAAAAGUGUCUGAGGUACAAUGAACGUUCUUAUGUAAAAUUAAUGAGGAUAAUGUACUGUUUCUUUGAUUAAAACACAAACAACAAAACUUGUGAGGAUUUGCUAAGAAAAUCAUCCAAAAAAAAUUAUAUCGGAAAUUGUCAAAUAUGAAAUUACUUCUACGCCAUUGAUUUUUGACAUUCUAUUGACUGAGGUAGUACAGGAAUUAUAUUUUAGGCAGUUUCGUAGUUUAACUAUAAAAAAUUAUUAGACUCAACUGCCUAGAAGAAUUAAUUCAGUUAAUAAUGCUAUUUAAGGCAGUUUAGGCAUGGUUUUUUUUUGUUUUUAAUUUUCAAGCACUUCAAUUUAGUUAUAUGACUCAAUUGCCUAGAAUAAUAAUUAAUUAAAAAAAUAGAAGCCCUAAUAACUUCUACGCCAUUGAUUUGUGUGAAUUAUUUUACAAUUCCCGGCAGCACUAGUAACUUAUUUGACAAGACUCGAUCCGAUGUUGCCAGACUGUAAAUCUACCGAAUCAUCCAAAAAUGACGUCAUUCUAUUUUAGGCAAUUAAGCCUAUGAUAUUUUACUUUUCUUAUCGGGUACUUUAGUGCAGGUUUAUUAUUAUGCAGUUAUUUAUUUAAUUGAAAAAUUGAAGAACUUCUAUGUGUCAAUUAUUUUACGAUUCCAGGCAGUACAGGCAUGAUUUUUCUUUUUAAUUUUAGGCAGUACAAUAUUUUAAAUAUAAAAAUUAUUAGGCUUAAUUGUUUGGACUAAUUAAUUCUAAAAUAGAAGCCCUAAUAACUUCUACGCCAUUGAUUUGUGUGAAUUAUUUUACAAUUUCCGGCAGCACUAGUAACUUAUUUGAUAAGACUCGAUCCGAUGUUGCCAGACUGUAAAUCUGCGGAACCAUCCAAAAAUUACGUCAUUUUAUUUUAGGCAGUUAAGCCUAAGAUAUUUUACUUUGGUGCAGGUUUAUUAUUAUUCAACUGCCUAGAAUAUUUAAUUGAAAAAUGGAAGAACUUCUACGUGUCAAUUAUUUUACAAUUCCAGGCAGUACAGGCAUGAUUUUUCUUUUUAAUUUAAGGCAGUACAAUAUUUUAAAUAUAAAAAUGAUUAGGCUUAAUUGCCUGGAAUAAUUAAUUGAAAAAUAGAAGCCCUAAUAACUUCUACGCCAUUGAUUUGUGUCAAUUAUUUUACAAUUUCUGGCAGCACUAGUAACUUAUUUGACAAGACUCGAUCCGAUGUUGCCAGACUGUAAAUCUGCCGAAUCAUCCAAAAAUGACGUCAUUCUAUUUUAGGCAAUUAAGCCUAUGAUAUUUUACUUUUCUUAUCGGGUACUUUAGUGCAGGUUUAUUAUUAUGCAGUUAUUUAUUUAAUUGAAAAAUUGAAGAACUUCUAUGUGUCAAUUAUUUUACGAUUCCAGGCAGUACAGGCAUGAUUUUUCUUUUUAAUUUUAGGCAGUACAAUAUUUUAAAUAUAAAAAUUAUUAGGCUUAAUUGUUUGGACUAAUUAAUUCUAAAAUAGAAGCCCUAAUAACUUCUACGCCAUUGAUUUGUGUGAAUUAUUUUACAAUUUCCGGCAGCACUAGUAACUUAUUUGACAAGACUCGAUCCGAUGUUGCCAGACUGUAAAUCUGCCGAAUCAUCCAAAAAUUACGUCAUUGUAUUUUAGGCAGUUAAGCCUAAGAUGUUUUACUUUAGUGCAGGUUUAUAUACUGCCUAGAAUAUUUAAUUGAAAAAUGGAAGAACUUCUACGUGUCAAUUAUUUUACAAUUCCAGGCAGUACAGGCAUGAUUUUUCUUUUUAAUUUUAGGCAGUACGAUAUUUUAAAUAUAAAAAUUAUUAGCCUUAAUUGCCUGGAAUAAUUAAUUGAAAAAUAGAAGCCCUAAUAACUUCUACGCCAUUGAUUUGUGUGAAUUAUUUUACAAUUUCCGGCAGCACUAGUAACUUAUUUCACAAGACUCGAUCUGAUGUUGCCAGACUGUAAAUUCUAUGACAUUCGAAAAUCAUAUAGUUUAGGUGAUCAUUUGAAAAAAAUGGAAGGGUUGGGUGUAAAAAAUAGGCCGUCACAAUACAUUCAGGAGAAGAGAGGGCUUUUUUGAUUCAAAUAAAUGUGACUGAGUUUAUAGUGGAUGAUCCUUAAGCCUAACAGAGGCAUAACUAAAGUUUUUAUAUUUUUUUCCUUAUCGUUCCCCUGGAAAUGAACAAUAACCUGAUUAACUGCCUGGAAUUAGUAAAAUAUUUCAAUCUCUUUCAGGCAAUCAGGAAAGCCUGAUAAAAAUUAAUUCCUAUGCUUGUGAAAAAAAGAAUUGUUUUUUGGGAUAUUUAACUGCCUGGAAACCUAUAUAAUUUCCAUCUCUUCCACGCAAUUAAAAUAGAAAAAGACCUAAAGAUCAGAAAAGGUUUGAAAAAAUUGGUUUUGUGAGAAAUUUUUGAGAGGAUCAGAAAAGUGAGUCCAUAAAAACCCUCUUAUAUAGUAAUAAAAAAUGGAUUUUAAAAUGCCUGGAAGCAGUAUAUAUCUCUUUGUAUCUGAGUUAAUUGAAAACAUAAAAGAGAACUAUCCCUAAUCAACUAAAAUCAUUUUAUUAAAGGGAAAGCUUGAGAGCAAAAAGCUAAAUAAAACUUUUCAUUACAUAUUUUUUUAUAAUAAUAUUUAAAUUAGAAUUAUUUUCUAAUUUCAGGAAGUACAGGCAUAAUUUUCUAAUAUUUUAGGGAGCUGUCGAUUUCAUUUCUGAAUUUUAGGCAGUUCCAUAUUUCAAUUAUUAAAUGUUAUUAGGCUCAACUGCCUGGAAUAAUUAAUUGAAUCAAUAACGACAUUUUAAUUAACCCUUUACUGCAUGAAUUUUUUGUUUUCUUCGAAAAAAUUCCCAGGGAUGGAGGAAUACGCUUUAUUUAUGUAAAAAAUACCAAAAAAAUGGAAAGUGACAUAUAUGGAACAUUAUGCAACAACAUUAUCAUUUAUUCAGUGUGGAACCUCAAAAAACAAUUUCGGUCUUUAUUAAAACACAAGAAAACUUUACAUUUCGUACAAGACACAAAAGAUUUAUAUUCACACAAUGGAAACUUGCAUCCUGAUCUUUGUUGUUCACUCCAUUCUGGUAAAUGGUCAAUACCAUCAAGACGCACCUCUUGUUGAGGAAUUUCUUUGGUAGGUCCACGCUUCUUUUUUAUAGCAUAUAAUGUCUGAACCUCUGCUGAAGGUCUUCCUAAUAUUCUUUUAUAUUCUUUAUUAGCAUUGCAUAAAGAAUCAGCGAUGGCCAGCUUGAAGUCCUUAAGGGGUAGGUCAAAUUCUUUAUUGCUGCGUCUCCACAAGCAUUUACGCAACACAAAUCCAACAUGUGAAAAAAUAUGUGUAAAUACCAUUUCUUUGAUCGAAUUUUAAUCCUAUAAAAUCCCAAUAUGGCAUCCAGAAGGUCGAGGCCUCCCAUAUAAUUAUUGUAAACAAAAACACUUCUAGGGCAUUCAAUCAUUUUAUGAGUGUUUUCUUUUUUGAAAAAUCUUUUUUUCUCACCACGAGGUUCAGAACCAACAUAGGUAGAGAGGGUGGUCACGACUUUAUUAUCAUACCAUGACACUGUUGCAAUAUCCACAUUAUCUAUGCGAGAUAUUUUUUCUUUUAUUGUGCCGCGACCAGUUUUCUUCAUAUCUUUUUCAGAUGGUAAUGUACAUGGUAUACGAUUGGCUCUCACUGUCCCUAAAGGCAAUAGCCCUUCUUUAUGUAAGGAAAUCAUCAAAGGUAUGCUAGUAAACCAAUUGUCAAAAAAUAGUUUAUAGUUGUUAUUCCUUGGAACACUCUCGGAUAAUCUUAUUACAACAUUACUACUCAUUCCUAAAUUGGGGCGCCCGUUAGGAACUAGGUUGCUUUGGGAUCCUGCAAAAAGGUCGAAAUCGUAGCUGAACCCGAAUGAAAUUCCGCUUCUUAUAACCCCACUUGUGAGGUUUCUUAGGGUUAUAUUGCUUUAGUUGACUUCUAGCUUUGGUAGGAAUGAUUUGCUCGUCUAUAGCAAGGUGUUCCUCACGUGGUACCAAUAGUAGUCUUUCUCUUAUUUGGGUAAAAAAAGGUCUAAUUUUGAAUAACUUAUCGUGACCUGGUUGACCUCUUUGGAUCAUUUGACUAUUGUCAUUGAAAUGAAUAAAGCGUUUUAUCGUCUCGAAUCUAUUGCAGCAAAUAACCUCAGAAACAGC